CCCUCGAGCAAGUCGGGGUGAUACGCUCUGGGUGUCCUCACCCGUGACUGAUCGGCAGGUCCGAUUGCGACCGAGCGUCUCUUCGCUGUGGUGGGGCCGUCAUCAGUGCGACUGAUGUCAUGUUCGGGCUCAUGCUUGUGGUCGAGCGAUUGCAAAGCCCGGCAAUUGACCCACCCAAUUGUCGCCGAGCACAUUGAAGUUCAAAUCUCAUCAGUGUGAGUCGAUCAGGUACGAAAUACGUUUGCCUGCACCUGACAGCAAGCACCCUGUUCCCGCCGAUCAUCGCACCUCGUGAUGCUUGCAGACGUGGAGAGCGCGCCGGCAUGCAUGUUCUUUGCAGAUCAGUCCGACGCCUUUUUGGCAUGAACUUGCAAAGUGCUCGGCGGGCUAUACAGGAACUACAAAGACUACGAAGACUGUCCACUGCGAGAAUGCGUGAGCCUCUGGUCUACUCGACUCAAACCGUGCAUGAAGCAGCACAUGCUCAUGCCUGCUUUCCUUCCUCACCUUUUGAUAUUCUCAAGAGGCGAGAAAGACGUGGUGUCGCCCAGUCCACUUCGCCCUCUAUGUCGUCUGACCUCGCUUCAACUUUGCCUAGAAAGCUACGCGGCUUCCAUCCCGUGAGAUUCGUGAUUCAGCUUUCAGGCGCACAGAUUAUACGUUUCUGCUCACGAUUGCAAUGUCAAUUCGACCACGUCAAAAGUACUGUACAGCAGCAGCAGCAGCAGCAGCAGCAGAGCGAAAUGCGCAUCCCCUUCAAGUUCCAAAAAUUGCCCAACAUGCUGAUCCUUUUUUCAAUCCUCGAAUCUGUGUUUUGCCAAAUCUGACGAUGCGCUCCUGCUUGCUUCCCGUGACGUCGCGAGCGGGUGAGUUUGCAGAAGCUCAGUGCUGCUGCUCCACAGCACGCUUGGCGCUCUCUUGCUGCAGAGA